AUAAACAUCAUUGAAUUUUUUUAUUUCAAUAUAUCAAACAUCAAAAGUUCGGUAAAACUAAAAGUUGUUUUGUAAUACUAUCUAAAAAACAAUUAUUACUCAAAACCGCAAAAACAAUUUUUUCCAUAUAUUUUGGUUAUUAAGGAAAUUUUUGUCAAUUAAGCAACAAAAAUACAAUGUGUGACAAAACAAGUGUCGAACAACUAUUAGAAAUCUAUGGACAGAAACAUCUGACGGCUUUCUGGGAUCAGAUUACUGAAGAACAGCGCAAACUAUUGUUAAAUGAUUUGAAUAGUAUUAAGUUUGAUAAAGUUUGUCGAGCUUUUAAAGAGACUGAAGAAACAGAUAAAGAUGGACAAAACAAAUCCAUCGAUGAUUUAUUGGAACCGUUGUCAUCACAAGUCCAUCAAAGUAUCACAAGAUCUUCAAAAGAGACACUCAAUGCCUUCAGAGAGACCGGAUUGCGGGAAAUAUCUGAAGGCCGAGUGGCAGCCCUUCUGUUAGCUGGUGGACAGGGAACAAGACUGGGUGUCAAUUACCCGAAAGGCAUGUAUGAUGUGGGCCUUCCAUCACAUAAGACAUUAUAUCAAUUACAAGGCGAACGCAUUCUUCGACUCGAGCGUCUGGCAUAUGAUUUGACCGGAAAGAAGGCUUCAAUUCCGUGGUAUAUAAUGACCAGUGAAGCCACUAAAGAGCCGACUAUUGAAUUCUUUGAAAAACACGAUUAUUUUGGUUUACCGGCUGAUAAUGUAGUAGUGUUUGAACAAAGCACUUUCCCGUGCUUUCAAUUUGAUGGCAAAAUAAUUUUGGAAACACCAUAUAAAGUAGCCCGAGCUCCGGAUGGUAACGGAGGUCUCUAUAAUGCACUAAAAGAAAAGGGGAUUCUCGAUGAUAUGAAAAGGAGAGGCAUUCAACACAUACAAGUCUAUUGUGUCGAUAAUAUACUGGUCAAAGUAGCCGAUCCUACCUUUAUUGGGUAUUGCAUAUCAAAAGGCGCUGAGGCAGCAGCAAAGGUCGUACAAAAGGCAUUCCCUACCGAAGCCGUCGGAAUCAUAUGCAAAGUACAGGGAAAGUACAAAGUUGUUGAAUAUAGUGAAGUAUCGGCACAAACGGCACAAAAACGCAGUGCUGACGGACGGUUGACUUUUGACGCCGGAAACAUAUGUAACCACUAUUUUACGCUUAAUUUUUUGAAUAAUAUUUGUGGCAAAGACUUGAUUCAUCACAUUGCCAAGAAAAAGAUACCAUAUGUCAACUCAAAUGGACAGUUGGUUAAACCCGAUAAAGUCAAUGGUAUAAAACUGGAAAAAUUUGUGUUUGACGUCUUCGGAUUCACAGAUAAAUUUGUUGUUUGGGAAGUUCUGCGCGAAGACGAAUUUUCCCCACUCAAGAAUGGCGAUGGAUCUGAUAAAGACAACCCAACCACUGCCAGACUUUCCAUUUAUAAUCUUCACCAAAGAUUUGUUCUAAACUCUGGCGGAAAAUUUGUCGAUGAAAAUGGCAAAACAGUCCCAUUGAUUGCCAGUCCAGUCAAAGUAGAUUUGAAUGGCAAUACUGAUUUGGAUAUUAACGAUAAAAUUAAUAAUAAUCAUAACGAGAGUCAAGUGAUUUGUGAGAUCUCUCCUCUCGUUAGUUAUGACGGCGAAGGUCUCGAGGAAUAUGUUUCAGGGAAACGAUUGCAAACGCCAUUCAUUCUAAGUGGAGACUGUGUUAGUGAAGGACAUCCACUCAAAACAGCAAAAUUAACCACAAAUUUGAUUAACGGAACCAAUAGAGCGGCAACUCUUAUCAAUGGUCAUCAUUAGUAUUGAGAGCAAAGUAUAAAUAUAUACUGUAAUUGUGAUAUUUUUAUUUUAUAGUAUAUUUUUUAUUUAAUUUUAAGA